CAUAGUCAAUACGAAAUGACAAUGUUACCCAUACGAUUGCUCUUACUGAGAUACAACAACCUAGCUACUGAUAAAGACGUAAUAGAAAUUGUAUAUACCCUCCAAAAACCUUAAAAAUUCCCCAAUCCCCCCUUUCUGUCUUGGCUUUUGCUUCCUCUAAACCCUUUGGCUACCCGAGACUCCGGUUCAACUCCCGAGACAGCUCAUGGCCGUACCGUUGAUGCCCUGGGUGUACUCGAACGACGUCGUUGGAUCAUAAAAUUCACUUCUCUUGCUGCAUUGGGUUCGAUUUAAACGCUAUUUAGAUCCAGCUCCAACACUCAAAACAAAUAUGAGAGAGGGCUUGCGAUCCAGUGGCAAAUUAUUGGUGGAAGCCGAGAAAGGUGAGGCUUCGCCAGCUACAUUGGAAGUUAACAGUACCAAAGAGAAGGGUUGCUAUUUGUCUGAUGAGAAAGCUCCAAACUUGAUUGGUUCUGGGAUUGAAGAAGAGAAAGUGGCUUCUACUUCAAAAGAAAAGGCAGUUGGGUUAAAACAUGAGGAGUGUGGUAUAGGUAGUGAUAUUGGUGAGGAUAAGAUUGCAGAGUGUAGUAGUAACAAGAAGAAAAGAAGUAUAAUUGUUGGUGAGGGAGAGAGCGAAGAUGAUCAUUGUGUCAAAAAGCUGAAGUCGAGGGAGGAUGAUAUGGUGGAUGGUAGACCGCAGGUUGUACGGAGGGUAUUGCGGUCAAUGUCUGCAGCAAAAUGUGAGGGUAAUGUACAUAAUGAAAAGGGACAAAUUAAUGGUGGUUUUAUUGCAGAAAGGACCAUAGGGAAAACUGGGUCUGAGGAGGAGAGGAUUAAGGAGGAAAAGGAAAAGACUGAUAAUUUACAUUACAGUUGUCAAUCAGAUGAUAUGGUGAAUACAAAGUUAGAGCACAAACGUGGGCAGCCUCCCAAGUUUCAGGAAAGUGAUGAGUAUGAGAAGAAAUUGGCUGAUAUUCAAAAGGGAGAGAUUGAUCAAUCUGCUGGUCGAGGGAGCUAUCACUUAAAAAAUAAACUGAGCAACAGAAUAAAGCGUAAGCGUGGAAGACCUCGCAAGUCUCAGGAGAGUGAUGAGUUUCAGGGAACGUGGGGUGAUGUUGAAAAGGGAGAGAUUGAUCAAUCUGCUGGUCAUGAGAGCCAUCACUUAAAUAAAAAACUGAGCAAUGAAAUAAAACGUAAGCGUGGGAGGCCUCCCAAAUCUCAGGAGAGUAAUGAGUUUCAGCAAAAGUGGGGUGAUGUUGAAAAGGGAGAGGUUGAUCAAUAUGCUGGUUUACAUAAUAAAUCAAGCAAUGAAAAAAAGUGUAAGCGUGGGAGGCCUCCUAAGUCUCAGGAGAGUGAUGUGUUUCAGCAAAAGUGUGAUGAUGUUGAAAAGGGAGAGAUUGAUCAAUCUGCUGGUCAAGAGAGUCAUCAGUUCAAUAACAAAGUGAGCAAAAAAAUAAAGCGUAAGCGCGGGAGGCCUCCCAAGGCUCAGCAGAGUGAUGGGUCUGAGAAAAAAUGGGGUGGGGUAGAAAAGGAAGUUAUUGAUCUGUCUAUUGGUCAGCAAAGCCGUGCACCAAAUAAUGAAGCGAUCAAUUUUUUAAAGCCUAGACGUGGGAGACCUUCCAGGGCUAAGAAGAGUGAUCUAUCUGAGAAAAAAAGGGCUGAUCCGGAAGAGGAAGCAUGUGAUAGGGUUGCUGAUGAAAAGAGUGAUCAACUUGACAAUGAAGUGAGGGAAAACUUAAAGCACAAUCUUGAGAGACCCUUCAAGUUGAAUAAGGCUAAAAAGGUGGGUGCACUUAGGAAAAAGAAAAUGGGAAGACCUUCGAAAGAUAAUAUACAUGAUGUGAAUCACAAUAUAAGGAGGAAUAGUUCAUUAUCAGGAAAGAGACUUCUUGUCAAAGAAAAUAACACGAAAUUAUUUCCAGGUAAGAAGAUCAAAGACAACAGUGAAGAGAAUGUAGGUAACACUAAACAGAAGGCAGGGGAAAUAACACACAGUAGGUCAGAAAGGCAGGCAGUGAGAGACAAAAUUGUGGAUAUGCUACUGGGUGCUGGCUGGGAAAUUCAACAUAGGCCUAGGAACGGUAGACAAUACAUGGACGCAGUGUAUGUGAAUCCUGAAGGAAGAACUCACUGGUCGGUGACCUUGGCAUAUCGGGUGCUUAAGAAGCAUUAUGAAGAUGGCAAUGGUGGUUCAAAGAUGCAUAAUUCCAGUUUCCAAUUUACUCCAAUACCAGAAGAGGAACUUAGCAUACUAACUAAAGUAAUGAUUAAGGAACGGUCUGACAAAAAUAAGAAGAAAAAGAAAUGGAACAAGGGGGAGAAGGGUGAUAAAACAGCUGGAGCUGUUAAUAAGAAAAAGUGGAAACUGCAGAAGAGAAAAUUGGGUGCUUGGGCUGGUGUCAGCCAUAAGAUGUUGAAGGGGAGAAAAAAACUGAAAAAUAGGCAUUGUCAACAGGAUGAUUUAGCUGCUACAUUAGGAGAGGGAAGUACAGUCUCUGUCAGGGGUCAUAAGCGACUCGAGACACAUGGUAGAAAGCGAUGUUCACUAAUAGCUCGCAAGUCUCAGGAUGGCAUAGAGUCUGACAAAGAUGGCUAUGUGCUGUAUAAUGGAAAGCGGACUGUGCUUGCAUGGAUGAUUGAUCUGGGCACUGUGCCACUAGAUGGGAAGGUGCAGUAUUUGAAACGCAGAAAGGCACGCUUUAUUACAAAGGGUAGCAUUACAACAGAUGGCAUUCAGUGCGACUGCUGUAAUAAAACUUUUACAAGUGCAGAAUUUGAGGCUCAUGCUGGUGGCAAGUCCUGCCAGCCAUUUGAAAAUAUAUAUUUAGAGACUGGAUCAUCGCUCUUGCAAUGCCAGCUAGAUUCAUGGUAUAAAGAAGAUGAUUCUGCGCAUAAAGGGUUCCAUUUUAUUGAUAUUGAUGGUGAAGAUCCAAAUGAUGAUACAUGUGGGAUUUGUGGAGAUGGUGGGGACCUGAUUUGUUGCGAUAGUUGUCCAUCAACAUUCCACCAAAGCUGCCUAGAGAUAAGAAAGUUCCCUUCAGGGCUCUGGCACUGCAUGUAUUGUUUGUGCAAAUUCUGUGGGAUGGUUGGUGGAAAUACUUGUCAGAGAGAUGGUAACAUGGCUGCUGUCUCCCAUGCGCUAGUUACAUGCCAUUUGUGCGAGGACAAAUAUCACCAUUCCUGUUUUCAGGAGAAGGACAUCAUAAAUGCUGAUCCUGGUAGUCCAUCCUUCUGCGGAAAUAAUUGCCAAGAGUUGUAUGAGAGACUGCAGAUGCUUUUUGGGGUUAAACAAGAACUAGAAGCGGGAUUUUCAUGGACGUUUGUUCGCCGAUUUGAUGUCAGCUCAGAUAUUUCUGUCAGUGGAAUGUCUCGGAAAGUAGAUUGCAAUUCAAAGGUGGCUGUUGCUUUGCAAAUAAUGGACGAGUGCUUUGUGCCCAUGGUUGACCAUAAAAGUGGGGUCAAUCUGAUCCGUAAUAUUGUCUAUAGUUUUGGGUCUAACUUUAACCGGUUGAAUUAUAGUGGUUUCUUCAAUGCGGUUCUAGAGAGGGGUGAUGAAAUGAUAGCUGCUGCAUCUAUUAGAAUACAUGGGAAUCAUUUAGCAGAGAUGCCAUUCAUUGGAACCCGCUACAUGUAUAGGCGUCAAGGAAUGUGCCGCCGACUUCUGAGUGCAAUUGAAAUGGGUCUAUGCUCUUUAAAUGUCGGGAAAUUGGUCAUACCAGCUAUCUCUGAGCUGACAGGAACAUGGACUUCUGUGUUUGGUUUCAAGCACCUUGAAGGAUCUGACAAGCAAAUAAUGAGAAAUAUGAAUAUGAUGGUGUUCCCCGGUGUUGAUAUGUUACAGAAACCAUUGUUGAAGCAUCCGUUUACUGAAGAAAAUAUGCAUCCCAUAGAAGGAUUGAAUUCCACCAAGCGUGAAGAAUUUCAUACCAAGGAAGAGAUGACAAAAUUCUUUAAUGAAAACUGUUCGGCAGGAUGUGAUUUGAAAGGUUCUAGUGAGAGUGAUGUAACUCAUUCAGGCAACAUAAUGAAUGAACAUGCUGCAGUUGAAUCUAGUUCAGUUCUUGAUGGCUGCUUAAAUGAUAUAUCUGACAUUACAGCCCAGAAUGCUAGUGAUAAAAUACCUGUUGAUCAAUCAAAGGGAAUCCUGAAUCCCCAUGAUUCUUUGUGUGAUGCUCGUGACCAAACUGGAGAUGAGAUGCUGAAUAAUUCUGACAAGAGAUGCUCAAAUGAAGUUAAUUUGGAAGCUUCUAGUCAGGCAGGUGUACCCUGUGCCAGUAACAUAGUUAGUCAACCUGCUGCAGCUGGAUCUGGUUUGCCGCAUCCUGAUGGUUGCUCGGAUGAGACAACUGACAUCACAAAUCAGAAUGUGCUUGAUAAAAAAUGCAAUGAUUAUUCGACUCUGAUUUCCAAGAAUGUUGAACAUACUCCCGAUUCUCUUGUGCAUAAUACUGCAGAAAUCAUUAGUUCUCAUUCCCAGGAAUUAGUUUCUGAUCACGGAAGAAAAGUUACAGAUCAAAAUGCUGAUCUCGCAGAUGAGUCUGGUUCAGUUGUUGAUGGCUGCCCAAAUUAUACGUCUGAUAGUACAACCCAGGGUGCUAUUGACAAAAUACCUGAUGAUAGAUCAGGCGUGAUUUCCAAUCAUUUGGGUGUAAGGAACAGAAUGGUGAAUCCCCCUGACUCUUUGUGUGAUGCUCGAGCUCAACCUGGAUAUGAGAUGCUGAAUGGUUCUGAUAAGAGAUGCUCAAAUGAACUUGACUUGAAAGCUUCUGGUGAGACAGGUGUACCACAUGCCAGUAAUAUAAUUGGUAAACCAGCUACAGCUGGAUCUGCUUUGCAGCAUCCAGAUGGCACAAAUGAGACAACUGACAUCACAAUCCAGGAUGUGAUUCAGAAAAAAUGCUAUGAUCACUUGAGUCCGAUUUCGGAGAAUGAACGGGAUCUUGAUCCUCUUGUGCAUAAUACUACAGAAAUCAUUAGUUUUCAUUCUCAGGAAUUAGUUUGUGAGCAUGGGGCAAAGGUUUCAUAUUCAUAUGUUGCUGACAGUGUGUCUGAAACUACUAAUAUUUCCAACAAUGUAUUUCAGUCAACAUUGCCUGAAGCUCCUGAAAACGUUCAAGAUUCAUUGGAUGGUUGUUUUGCUGCAUUACCCAUUGAACAAAAUAUGAGUUCAAUGGGAAAUGAUGCACAUUGCAUAUCCUUAGAGGUUGGAAUUGGUGUUGGUGGUGAGCAUGACCUGAAAGACGCAUCUAACACAGCUCAAAAGGGCACCAUUUUAUUGCAUGGAGGUUUAGAUUCUGAUAGGACGCAUGUUAACACCGAAUUAUUAAAGCCCCCUGGUUCUGAUUUUGAGAUUGAUGUGAUCCAAAGAAAUUCUGAAUCAACGUGUAGUUCAAGCUCUGCACCUAGUGUUAUUCUUCAUUGUGCCUCCGGUGGGGGUAAUUCAUGUGGUGCUCCUGAGGUGGUGAUUUUAUCAAACCAGGCUAAUUGAUUUCAACUGGAUUCUUUUUGCAGUGGAAAUCAGGUGUUUAUUUUUGACGACAGCUUCUGACUUUCUGGCGGUGAUCGCCAGUGCCAGCUUCCAUUGAUGAUGUGAUUUUUGUAAUUGCGCAUCUGGAGCUUAGGGAUUUUUAUGAUCUGAUUUCAUUAACCCUUUUUGGAUGUAUAGUUUUAAAGAUUAGCUUCAGUGAAUAGUCUUCUAGUUUAGCAUUAUCAUGAUGCGAUGGAGGGUUGUGCAUUUUGGACUCCCCUCUAUGCUUAUUGUAAAUGGAAUUAUUUAUUUCAGAAUCAUGCAUAUAGCCAUUUCUUUACCA